CAACGUUCUACUCUGGCUUGGAAACGAGGAGCAGAGCAGUCCAAAUCCAGGUGCUGUGGGGCUCUGGUUCCAGAAUAAGAUGCUGUAGCUUCCCGUCACAGAACCUGCUGACUGUUGGCGUGGCCUUCAAAGGUCAGGGUGAUGCUCCUGGCGCCCCCGCUGUGAUCUCGCCUGCUGCAGUUUCCAGAGAAACAAGACAACGUUUGGCAGAGACCAGUAAAGUCGCAAUACGAUGACAUCACCGUCGCCCACUCACAGUGACAGCAGCGGCUCCUCUAAACAUGACAGCAACCAGGAUAGCUGGGAGAUUGUGGAGGGGCUCAGGGGGGUUCCUGCCAACAUGCAGGAACCUGACAGACAAGAGGGCUUCCUGCUCAAGAGGAGGAAGUGGCCCAUGAAAGGGUGGCAUAAGAGAUACUUUGUGUUGGAUAGAGGCAUCUUGAAGUAUGCAAAGCGUGGAACUGAUUUGCAAAAGGGGAAGCUCCACGGCUGCAUAGAUGUCGGCCUCUCUGUCAUGUCAAUCAAGAAGAAAGCCAUGUGUAUUGACCUGGAUACUGAGGACAACAUUUAUCACCUAAAGGUGAAGUCUCCAGAGCUGUUUGAGGAGUGGGUGUCAAAGCUGCGUCAUCACCGUGUUUUCCGGCAGAAUGAAAUUUCCACAUAUCCCCACGAGAAGCUCCUCUUCCACCCUCAUGCCUCAUCCUCCCCCUCCCUCAGUGACUCUCUUAGAAAAAGGGCCACACUGACCAAGCAGGCAUCAGUCCACCAGGCUAAGGUUAGCUCUUGGCUCCACUCCUCUGAGGACAUGAACAAGUGCUGCAAAGAGUUGGAGGAAUGUGAAUCUUAUCUAAUGGAACUCAACUUGCUGCUAAAGAGCAUGGAGGUCAUGCACCGCACAUACUCUGCUCCGGCCAUCAGUGCACUACAAUCAUCUACUUAUGACAUCCCAAAAAAGGAUAAGAGGCCACGGAGAUGGCGAUCCAAAAACAAUGGCAAAGAAACCAAAGCCACAUUACAAGUUCCAAGCUGCAUCUCCUCCCAGUCCCCUCGCCUUCAUGCCUCCAAUCCCAAUCUUUCCACCACAGAGUCAGCUCCCCAGGAGGCCUGCCUUGAAUCUCCAGACUCGCCUACAAAUGUGUCACGUCUACAAGAGGACUUCUGCCGACUGGCCAACAACAUCCACGUUACAUUGAAAUCAGCAUAUAGCUCACUGGUGGCAGAGAGAGACAAACUGAGGCACACCAUUGACCUGCAGGGCCCCCAGCCAGCCCAGGUCAUGAGCCUGAAGACUGGCUACUCCUCUGAAUGUGCAGGUGCCCCUCAUUCACUGGUCCACCAGGUCUCCAAUGAGAGCAGAACAUCAAUUCCGGAGUCCAUAUCGGAGUUCUUUGAUGCUCAGGAGUACCUUCUCUCCUCUUCUUCUUCUGAGAAUGAGGUGUCUGACGAUGACUCGUAUAUCAGUGAUGUCAGCGACAGUGUCUCCAUGGACACCUACGACGGAGCCAGCGAGAGACACAACUCCGUAUGUCCUGCAGUCAGAAGCAUGGUGGCCGUGGCUCGCCGACGCUCCACGCUGCCGGCCCCCUGUCCCGCCAGCAGCGUCAGCUUAUGGAACAUCCUGAGAAACAACAUCGGCAAGGACCUGUCCAAGGUGGCCAUGCCCGUGCAGCUCAAUGAACCGCUCAACACCCUGCAGAGAUUGUGUGAGGAGCUGGAGUACGGCGACCUCUUAGACACUGCAAACCAGACAGAAGACCCUUACCAGCGCAUGGUUUAUGUUGCUACAUUUGCAAUAACUGCCUAUGCCUCCAGCUACUACCGAGCAGGGAGCAAACCCUUUAACCCCGUCCUGGGAGAAACUUACGAGUGUGACAGACCUGAUAAGGGCUUCAGAUUUAUUGCUGAACAGGUCAGUCAUCACCCACCUGUGUCAGCAUGUCACUCAGAUUCAAAGAACUUCAGCUUCUGGCAAGAUGUACGAUGGAAAAAUAAAUUCUGGGGGAAAUCCAUGGAAAUAGUUCCCAUGGGAACCACACAUGUGACACUACCUGCCUUUGGGGACCACUAUGAAUGGAACAAAGUGACUUCCUGCAUCCAUAACAUCUUGAGUGGCCAACGCUGGAUUGAGCACUACGGAGAGAUGGCCAUAAAAAAUAUAAACAGUGAUGUCUGCCAGUGUAAAGUAACAUUCAUCAAGGCAAGAUCGUGGACCUCUACUGUGAAUGAAAUAGAGGGAGUAGUUACAGAUUCAAAUGGAAAAGUGGUGCACUCCAUUUUUGGAAAAUGGCACGAAUCAGUUUUUCAAGGAGACCCACCGUCUGCCACAUGUAUCUGGCGAGCAAAUCCCAUGCCAGUGGAACAAGAGCAGUACUACGGCUUCACCCAGUUUGCAGUGGAAUUAAAUGAGCUGGACUCCGCAUUGAGACCACUGCUGCCCUCGACAGACACACGCUUCAGGCUGGACCAGAGGCUGCUGGAGGAGGGGAAUGUAGACGGAGCUGAGGAGCAAAAACAGAGGAUAGAGCAACUACAGAGGGAGAGGAGGAAAGUGCUGCAGGACAACAACAUGAUGCAUCAGCCACGCUUUUUCAAGAAGUCUAAGGAUGACACGUGGGUGAGCAACAACACAUACUGGGAGCUACGCAGAGAUCCCGGCUUCAGCAAAAUGGACUUCCCUGUGCUGUGGUGACCUCUGAUUUUAAUCAGCUCCACUCUGAUUUAUCAUCGGGAAGGAAGCAUAAAACUAAACUUAGACCAGAGUCCUGACCUGGUUAACAUGCAUUGCUCUGUGUCAUGGUAACCCAUGGUAACCUCCUGCUUCCUCUUUCUGGACUGGAGUAAGCUGAACCUGAAGAACUCCUCCUGUUAGGUUUAUUACUAAUGUCAUGAUUCUGCAGACAUUUUAUUCUCAUAACUGUAAUUUAUACCAUGUCAGUGUAGACUAAUGAUGCAUAUCAGUGUGUUUUGUUGUAUCUUUGCAUUUACCAAAGUGCCUUUUACUAUAGAGCUGCACUCAAUGAGUUGCAGCAAUUAUGCAAAAACACUUUUAUUCCGACACUUAAUGAUGUCUGUAUCAUACUUCGCUGGAGAGAGAGGGAACAGGAACUAGUGCAAAAAAGUCUUAACCUGAUCAUGUAUGACAAAUGUCUGGCUUAUCAGAUGUUCUAAUUUUAAAAGAAUAUGAUUUUAAAGGCCUUUUUUAUUAUGCUGCUUUGUUUUAAUCAGUAAUGAUUGUUAUGGGACUGUGGAAAAAGUUUUUCACAGAGGAAAAUCACAAGAAUACUCCCUGUUAAAAAAAUAUAAUAAACUGUACAGUGGGUG